CCCUCCGCAGCGAUGGCGGCGCCGCGCCCGGUCCUGGCUCCGCUCCCGUUGGAGCCGCCGCGGGUCCCGGAGAUGAUGGUGCGGGGCAGCAAGUUCAUCCGCUGGGACGAGGAACCGGCCACCCGCACCCUGGUGACGCUGCGCGUCGACCCCGACGGCUUCUUCCUCUACUGGACCGGCCCCAGCAUGGAAGUUGACCUGCUGGACAUCAGCGUCAUCCGUGACACGCGCACGGGGCGCUACGCCCGGGUGCCCAAGGACCCCCGGACGCGGGAGGUGCUGGGUUUUGGGGACCCCGGGGGACACCCCCAGGAGCGGCUGCUCACCGUGGUGCACGGCCCCGACAUGGUCAACGUGGCUUUUCUCAACUUCGUGGCCGUCCAGGACGACGUCGCCAAGGUGUGGACGGACGAGCUGUUCAAGCUGGCGACCAACAUCCUGGCGCGCAACGCCUCCCGCAACACCUUCCUGCGCAAAGCGUACACGAAGCUGAAGCUGCAGGUGAACCAGGACGGGCGAAUCCCCGUGAAAAACAUCCUGAAGAUGUUCUCGGCCGACAAGAAGCGGGUGGAGACGGCGCUGGAGUCCUGCGGCCUCAGCUGCAACCGGAGCGAGGCGAUCCCCCCUGAGGAGUUCACCCUCGACACCUUCAGGCGGUUCCUGAGCAAGCUCUGCCUGCGCCCCGACAUCGACAAGAUCCUCCUCGAGAUCGGGGCGGCGGGAAAACCUUACGUCAGCCUGGAGCAGCUGCGGGAGUUCGUGAACACGCGGCAGCGCGACCCCCGCCUCAACGAGGUCCUUUUCCCCCCGCUGAGCCCCGAGCAGACCCGGCAGCUCAUCGAGCGCUACGAACCCAACCAGCAGUUCCGCGAGAGGGACCAGAUGUCGAUGGAGGGGUUCGGCCAGUUCCUGGGGGGGGAGGAGAACAGCAUCGUGCCCCCCGAAACCCUGCGCCUGCACCAGGACAUGACCCAGCCGCUCCCCAGCUACUUCAUCAACUCCUCCCACAACACCUACCUCACCGCGGGGCAGCUGACCGGGGCGUCCUCGGUGGAGAUGUACCGGCAGGUCCUGCUCAGCGGCUGCCGCUGCAUCGAGCUCGACUGCUGGAAGGGCCGCCCGCCCGAGGAGGAGCCCUUCAUCACCCACGGCUUCACCAUGACCACCGAGAUCCCCUUCAAGGAGGUGAUCGAGGCCAUCGCCGAAAGCGCCUUCAAGACGUCGCCGUACCCCGUUAUUCUCUCCUUCGAGAACCACGUGGAUUCGGCCAAGCAGCAGGCGAAGAUGGCCGAGUACUGCCGCAGCAUUUUUGGGGACGCGCUGCUCAUCGACCCCCUGGAGAAGUACCCCCUGGAGCCGGGGGUGCCCCUGCCCAGCCCCCAGGACCUGCUGGGCCGGAUCCUGGUGAAGAACAAGAAGCGUCACCCCAGGGGGACCCCCGGCCCCCCCGGCCUGCGCCCCAAAACACCCGGCACCAGCGACACCGGCCCCCCCCUCACGGAGCACCCCGAAACUGGGGUCCCCCCAGUCCCCAAUGGGGAGGAGAAGGGGCCCAAGCUGGGUGAACCCCGAAAAUCCAUCGACCGUGAGGCUGAGAGCGAGGAGGAGGAGGAGGAAGAGCUGCCGGAGAUGAAGAAGCCGACGACGGAUGAGGGCACGGCCAGCAGCGAGGUGACAGCCACGGAGGAGAUGUCCACCCUGGUCAACUACAUCGAGCCCGUCAAGUUCAAGUCCUUCCAGGCCGCCAGCAAACGCAACAAGGCUUUCGAGAUGUCGUCCUUUGUGGAGACGAAGGGGCUGGAGCAGCUCACCAAGAGCCCCCUCGAGUUCGUGGAGUACAACAAGCGCCAGCUGAGCCGCGUCUACCCCAAGGGAACCCGCGUCGAUUCCUCCAACUUCCAGCCCCAACUCUUCUGGAACGCCGGCUGCCACAUGGCCGCCCUCAACUUCCAGACCCUCGACGUGCCGAUGCAGCUGAACCUGGGGCUGUUCGAGUACAACGCUCGCUGCGGGCUCCUGCUCAAACCUGAGUUCAUGCGACGUCGUGACAAAACCUUCGACCCCUUCGCCGAGGACCUGGUGGACGGGAUCGUCGCCAACACCCUGCGGGUGCAGGUGAUCUCGGGGCAGUUCCUGUCGGAGCGCCGCGGGGGGGUUUACGUGGAGGUCGAUGUCUUCGGGCUGCCGGUGGACACACGGCGCCGGUUCCGUACCCGGCCAUGCCAGGGGAACCCCUUCAACCCCGUCUGGGACGAGGAGCCCUUUCUCUUCCACAAGGUGGUGCUGCCGUCCUUGGCCUCCCUGCGCGUGGCCGCCUACGAGGAGGGGGGGCGGUUCCUGGGACACCGCGUCCUGCCUGUGGCCGCCCUGCGCUCGGGUUACCACUACGUCUGCCUGCGCAACGAGAGCAACCAGCCGCUCUGCCUGCCCGCCCUCCUGCUCCACACCGAGGCCUGUGACUACGUCCCCCAUGGCCACCAGGAUUACGCCGAAGCUUUGAUCAACCCCAUCAAACACGUCAGCUUGAUGGACCAGCGCGCCCGCCGGCUGGCCGCCCUCAUGGGGGACGGCGAGGAGAACCCCGAAAAACCCCGCGACAAUCCGGGGGGGGCACGAGGGGACGCGGCUGCCGAUCCCCCCCCAGAACCCCGGCCCCCCCCGACUCCCGGGGUGCCCCCCCCAGGUCCCCCCCCCGUCUCCAGCCCAGGGCAGAGGGAUGACCUCAUCGCCAGCGUCCUCACAGAGGUUUCCCCGCAGUCGGUGGAGGAGCUGCGGCAGCACAAGGCGUACGUGAAGCUGUUGAAGCGCCAAUACCGAGAGCUGAAGGAACUCCGGAAAAAACACGUCAAGAAACUGGUGGCCCUGCACAAGCGGCUGACGGCCAGCGCCAGCAAGUCGGCGGAGGGCGGGGGGCAGCGGGCGGCGCUGCGGGGGCUGCUGCAGCUGCGGGAGGAGCAGCACCACGCCGAGCACGGGCGCAAGCGGGAGCACCUGCGGCAGGCCCAGCAGCGGCUGCGUGAGGUGGCGCUGGAGGCUCAGGCCACCCAGCUCAAGCGCCUGCGCCAGACCAGUGAGAGGGAGAAGAAGGAGCUGCAGAAGAUCCUGGACCGGAAACGCCACAACAGCAUCACGGAGGCGCGGGGGCGGCGCCAGGGCGGGGAGCUGACGGAGAUCAACCGGCGCCACAUCAACGAGUCGGUCACCUCCAUCCGCAGGCUGGAGGAGGCGCAGAAGCGGCGGCAGGAGAAGCUGCUGGAGGGAUAUCGGGGGGUCCUGGAGCAGAUCCAGGAGGAGGAACCCCGGCUGGCGCAGGAGCUGGAGCAGGGCCGGGAGCUGGAGCUGCGGGCGCUGCCCCAAGAAGUGGGGCGCUUCCUGCAGGCCCAGGGGGGGGGAAACGGGGGGACCCCCCCCCCUCCGCACCCCCAAACCCCCCCCCGCACCCCCACCCCCCCCGGGGACACCACCGUGCUGUGACGUGGGGGGGGACCCCAAAAAACACCCACACUCCCCCCCCCAAUUUGAUGGUGCCUUGGGAUGGGGGGACGGGACACACCUUCAGGUUUGGGGGGGCCCUCGGAGAUUUGGGGGGGCCCCUUGGGGAUGGGGGGGCCCUUGGAGAUGGAGGGGGCUCCCUAAAAUUUGGGGACCCCCCCCUUGGAAAUUGGAGGCCCCUUAGAGAUUGGAGGGGGCUCCCUAAAAUUGGGACCCCCCCUUUUAGAUUGAGGGGGGGGCUUUGACAUUUUGGGGUCCCCCCUUGAGA